UUAAAUAAGCCUGGGCAUCCCUAAGUUAGGGCUUUAGCAGCUUGGUCGACCGCGUUCUUGCCUGCCCUUGGCUUAUCUGUGAGGGGGAAAGUCGGACGAGAAACUGAGGAGAGUUGCUGGUGAAGCCUGAAGACAGAUAUGAGCGUCAGAGAGGGGAGGCGGAUGCAGAGAGACGGAUGAGGGAGACACUCUCUUCUUGAGCUGUACCAAAAAAGAAAAGAAAAAAGGAAGAUCAGUCGCAGGAAAGCAGUCUGCAUCUUGCGCACUUCCAUCAACAAUGGCUUACCUGGUACGUCGAUUUGGUCGACUUGGAAUGGUUAGACUUCAAAUCCUCAAUUGCAAUUAUAGUACCAUGGUGCAAGGCCAAUUGCCAAACCGAAGCACCACCAGAGCAAUUUGCACCCUAGAGCUUUUUGAUCUCAAGGACAGUAAAGAAGCUGUUUAUGGUGCACUUGAUGCCUGGGUUGCAUGGGAACAGAACUUUCCUAUAGCCUCGCUAAAGAGGGUUUUGGCUAUGCUUGAGAAGGAACAACAAUGGCAUAAAGUUAUUCAGGUAAUUAAAUGGAUGCUAAGCAAGGGACAGGGUAUGACAAUGGGAACAUAUGGGCAGUUGAUACGAGCUUUAGAUAUGGACGAAAGAGCAGAAGAAGCACACAAGUUCUGGAUGAAGAAAAUAGGUACUGAUCUACAUUCAGUGCCUUGGCAGUUAUGCAAUCGUAUGAUAUCUGUUUACUAUCGAAAUAACAUGCUGCAGAGUCUUGUAAAGCUUUUUAAAGGCCUGGAAGAUUUUGAUCGUAAGCCCCCUGAGAAAUCAGUAGUGCAAAAGGUUGCGGAUGCAUAUGAGAUGUUGGGCCGUCAUGAAGACAAAAAGCAGGUAUUGGAGAAGUACAGUGAUCUUUUUGCUGACACAUGGAAAGGAAAGCCCAAGAAAUAUCGAACAGACUCUUCCAAUAAAAAGAAGAAAUCAGGUUUGAGUCUCUAGGAUGCGGACUCCGGAGACUGGGGUGUAUAUGCAUAUUUGUACUUGAGAAAAAGUAAUGCUUUUGACUAGCAAUCAUGAUCAUGGUUUCAGGGAAGAGAACUUCAGAUGCUCUCACCAGUGCUGUGGAUGACGUGCAAAGAAGUGGAGAAUGAUUAGAGUUUGGUAAUAUAUUUUCCGUGGCCAUGUUUUUGAGAGCCUAGAGUUCAAUACUUGGAUUUGGACUUGGAUUUGUAUUUGCAAUUGUAUGGAUUUGGACAAAAUACAGUACAAAAUGACUGAGUUUUGUUCAAAUCAACAAAAAUCCAAAUUCAUGGUCUAAAAUUCAGUCUCCCAAGCACAACCUCAGUGGUUAUGAGUAGAAUCUUCUUGUUAUUUCUCUAGUCACUAAGGUCUUUUUGGGUGAUAAUGGCACUACGGAAGAUAUUAUAAUAACUCCAUUGGUUGCAAAGUUUGUGAUCAUGUUAUGUAUUUUUUUCUUCUUGUUCCUUCCAGGGCAAGGGUUGAGAGGCUAGUCAAGAGAGGAAGAGAAAGGUCACUCCUGGUUCACCAUUUACCUCACAUUACAUAUCUGAGAAUGGAAGAUUUCUUUCUAGUGCAGUGGUUAUAAGUAGUAGACAUAAAUGAAGAGAAAAAAUUGGUCAACUAUCCUGAUAGGUUUUCUGCCACACAUCUCCAAAUGCUUGAUCAGAAAAUGUACUUGAAGGAUGAUGCAAAAUAGAGCUGUACAAUAUUUACGUAUGUAAUCCCUGUGUUAUUGGCAUUUAUAGUUCAAGAGCAAUUUUUUUUAUUUAAUUUCUUUUAAUCAGCAGAUGUGGGUGUGCUCUCGUUCAUUGUCUCACUCAUUUGAUUAAGAAUCCAAAAGCUUUUAUUAUGCAUGUUUUGUGUUCAAAAUGUAUUUGGAUAAUUAAAUUUUGCAUUCUGUUUUUGAAAAAUAAAUACAAAUACCUUGGAAAAUUCAAUUC